CUUGAAGACCAUGAACCAGGCAGAAACGCUAUACGCCUACGAGCUCCUGACCUCACUGUUCGAGCUUCAGAUCUUCGACAUCGUCUGCAGCACCUCGUGGGCCAACAGAGACAAGUGCUGUGAACUUCCUGGUCUGAGGAAGGAGGCAGACUGCCCAGCCAUGCCCAAAGCCUGCACCUGCACCCAGGACAGCAAAGGCCCCGCCGGCACUCCUGGACCUCCAGGAGGCCCUGGAAUCAGGGGUGCCAGAGGGGAUCGGGGAGAGCCGGGCCCGGUGGGACCGACUGGUCCAGUUGGUGACAUAGGUGUAGCUGGACCUCAGGGACCCCAAGGACCACAGGGACCCAGUGGGCGCUCCAUCAUCGGGUCCCCGGGUCCUCCUGGAGAGAGAGGACAGAAAGGUGACGCUGGACAACAAGGAGCUCAGGGAAUCCCUGGCAGAGCCGGAGGUCCGGGUCGAGAAGGACCUGCAGGAGUCAGAGGACUUCCAGGCAAGGACGGACCACCCGGCAGACCGGGUCCUGCAGGGACUAUC